AAUCUGAUUGGCUGGUGAGGAAGGGUUUCAGGAAGUACUGCGUCGAAUUAUAUUUGCCGACUGAAAAUCCUCCACAUGACAAUCUGCAGUUGAGAUUCAUACAAAAAACUCCUGUAUUCACACAGAUCUCUCAUGGCUGGCAGAAGAGUCGUGGUCUUCCCCUCGUCAGCUGAGCUCGGCCCGGUGCUGGCCCAUCUGGUGGCGUCCCGGGCUGAGAAGGCCAUCAGCUCUCAUGGCAGGUUCACGCUGGGGCUCUCUGGAGGAAGCCUUGUGACCAUGCUCAGCAAAGAGCUGCCCGCCCUGCCAGACCUGGACUGCAGCAAGUGGGUUGUUGGUUUCUGUGACGAGCGGGUGGUUUCCUUCGAUGACCCUGAGAGCACCUAUGGGCUGUACAAGGGUCAGUUGUUCUCCAAGGUCAACAUCCCCGAUAAUGGGAUCUUAACCAUCGACUCCUCUCUGCCAGUCGCAGAGUGUGCUGAGGAUUAUACCCGCAAACUUAAGAAGGUCUUCCCUGAUGACGACUUCCCAGUGUUUGACCUGUUACUGCUGGGUAUGGGGCCUGAUGGACACACCUGUUCCCUCUUCCCAGACCACCCUCUCCUGGAGGAAACCAAGAAGAUUGUGGCCCCCAUCAGCGAUUCUCCCAAACCACCGCCACAGCGUGUGACUAUGACCUUUCCAGUGGUGAACUCUGCACGCUGUGUGGUUUUUGUGUCAACAGGAGGAAGCAAAGCACCCGUUUUGAAGGAAGUGCUGGAGGGUAGAGAAGGUCCAGCGUUUCCAGCGGCCCGCGUUGUCCCAACUAACGGCGAGCUGUUCUGGCUUGUUGAUGACCCCGCAGCUGCCUCCCUAACUAUCCAGGUAGAGAGGUUAAGCUCAGGGGCCAAACUGUAGAGCUUUUUAUCUGCCGCAUGAAGGCAGGAAGUCAACGCAGGUGUUAAAACUUGAAUUAGCAAACAGGAACAUAGUACAGAACAUUCCUACUGCUACGUGAAAGUGAAGUUGGUUUACAUAGGUGAGAUAGGAUAUGGAGAAGAAGUAAUAAAACUGAGGACUUUGUUUCCAGCGGAAGAUUUAGCACUUAUUGAAUAUUGGUUUGUGCGUGUGUGUGUCAGAGGUUUAGCUUUAUUCAGCAAGGUGUAGAGUCUCCCUCCACUCAAAAAUGUGUUUUUCUUAUUGUCACUUUGGUUGGAUGUCUGACCUUCAUUGUACAGAAUAAUGUACAGUAAUGUGCAGAGUUUGACACCAAUCACUUGAACCAUGCAACUCACACGAACCGAGAAUGGAUUUCAGAGGAGUGGGAGACGUCUCGCACUGUCCAUUAUAUACUCUGGAUUUUUCAACGACAGAAAAUGACUAGAUGUCUUUUUUUUGUGUGGAAAACCCAUAUCAGACAAAAUCUUGACUCAAAGUAUGUAUUAAAGGACCAGUGUGUAGGAUUUAGUAGCAUCUAAAGAGCUAAAACUUCUCCUGUGUGCCAAGCAUGUAGGACAGAUGUUAUUUUUGAACAUUUUAAUUUUCAUUCAUCAUUGUUGUAGACCUAAAGUAAUGUUGAUAAGAUAAUUUAGACAUAAUAAGGCUGUGUAACCUUAUUAAGGCUCAAAUUAAUUUUUCGGCUCCAUUCAUUAAUUCAUUUUCCGGGGCUGGAGCCUAUCCCAGCUGACAUUGGGCGAGAGGCGGGGUACACCUGGACAGGUUGUCAGACUAUCACAGGGCUGACACAUAGAGACAAACAACCAUUCACACUCACAUUCACACCUGCGGACAAUUUAGAGUCACCAAUUAACUUAACCUGCAUGUCUUUGGACUGCGGGAGGAAGCCGGAGUACCUGGAGAAAAUCUAUGCAGACACGGGGAGAACAGGCAAACUCUGAACAGAAGGGCUCCCCCACCCUGGGUUCGAACUAGGAACCCUCUUGCUGUGAGGCAACAAUGCUAACUACUGCACCACUGUGCCAUCUCCUGACAGUUUUAUUUAACUUUUGUGGUCCAAAAAUGGCUUUUCUGCUUGUAAAGGGUUGCUGACCCCUGGUGUAGGAGUGCAACGGUGUAUAAUUUCUGCCAAUAGAUGCACAUAUAUCCUACACACUGGACCUUUAAAAUAUGUCUGGAGGAGAUCUUAAAAAUGAGAUUUUACUGGCUGUGAAGGUUAGGAGAUUUGAUAUUCAUGAAAUAAAAACCACUUACAGUUAAAA